CCAUGGUCAUGUAGUCAAAAUGGUGCGAAAAAAAUAACGGUUUUACUCGGGUCAUGUAGUCAAGAUGAUGCAAAAAAUAACGGUUUCCCGAAUGUUUAUAUUAUAGCCUUAUAUGCACCUAAAAGAAACUAAUUUUUGGUAGAUUCAUGAAUUAAUAUACAUUUGGAUGAACUUGAAAAUUAUAUUGGAAUUGACAAUGUGUCCAUUUCUUAACCUCCAGUGUUCCUUAAUAAAUAGAUAGAAAAUCUUAAAACUCUAUAUGUCCACCUCUCCUUAAAAAAAAAAAAAAAAUCGAUGUUUGGGAUUCUAGGGUUUAACGCCGCCAUGGGAAAGCGGCAGAAGCAGCAACUCACCCCCCGCCCAAGCAACACCCCAAGAGAAUACUCAAAGGAGAUACCAAUUGAGCUCGUGAUUGACGUUUUCUCAAUAUUGUCCAUUGAAGACGUUGCGAGGUGUCGUUGCGUGUCGAAGCUUUGGUCUUCCAUACUACGCCGUCGAGACUUCACCCAACUGUUCCUCAAAAUCUCAUCGACUCGGCCUCGUAUACUACUCACCUUCCUUCACAAAGACCAGGUUUGUCCCCCUAUACUUGGCUUGAUCUGUUGCAAAUCUAAGAAGCCGAUGAUAUGUAACCCUAGCACAGGAGAGUCAAAGUACAUUUCUUUACCAAGUGCGAAAACAAAGAGGGUUAAGAUGAGACCAUAUUUUGGGUAUGAUCCUAUCGACCAACUAUUCAAGGUAUUGUGCGUGUCCAGUGAUUAUGUGUGUCGAGUUUCAACAUUAGGAACGAAAGAAGUGAUGUCUACCUGGAGAAAGGUCGAAUGUUCGAUAUCCCAUCAACCGUUACAUAGUGAGAUAUGCAUGGAUGGGAUUUUGUAUUAUUUAGCUAAGUGUAUGGGCAGUGGAACUCCAACACCUUAUAUGGUAGUAGCCUUUGAUGUUAGAUUGGAGAGAUUCAAGUUUCUACCUGUGGAGUUAAACAUUGUGGGUUCAGCACUCAUAAAUUACCAAGGUAAGUUGGCCAUACUAUGGCAAAAUUUGGGUGGUAUCUAUCAACACAUACAAAGUUUUGAGCUGCGUGUUCUAAAUGAUGUUGAUGAAGUGAAAUGGUCGAUUAUUAUCUACGAAUUGCCAGAUUAUUGGAAGAAUUUUGCUGUGGAGACGACCUACCUAUACAUUCUCGGGAUGACUACUUCAGGUGAAAUUGUUUUGUCGACAUACUAUGUACAUGAACCUUUCUACAUCUUCUACUACAAUACAGUGAAGAAGUAUGUGGUAAGAGUUCAAAUCGAUUUCGGAAUUGAACCUUUGAGGGCUCUUAACUGCUCAAGGAUUUCGACAUUCUUAAACCAUGUGGAGAAUGUAGAGCUUAUGGAUUAGAACUUUAUAGCAUAGCUAAUGUAGCUUGCCUUCUAAGGUUGCAUCCAUCUUGUUUCGUGAAACUAAUACCUGUUCGGUUAUUGUUUAAAUGUUCUAUAUAUGUACCAAUGUUUGUUGUAAGCUAUAUGUUUGAACUUUUCUUGUUCUAGGAUAUUUUUAAGCUAUUUGAACUAUUUUCUUCGUGAAAUUUUACUGUUAGUUCUAUUUAA